AUGUUAGAAGUCACCUUGUCCACAAUCACGUCAUCCCGCAAUGACCAACAUGGAGCAAGAAGUCAGUGCUCUCAGGAGGCCGACAAACCUCACAGAAAAAAGGGAAAGAAAAAAUACAGCUGUGAUGAGUGUGAGAAGUAUUUUACUAGGAAGUCAGAACUGAAACGUCAUCAACUCAUCCACAGUGCAGUUAAAGCAUACAGCUGUGAGGAAUGUGGUAAAGAUUUUCCUUGCAGUAGUGACUUAAAACGUCAUCAAGUUACCCACUCUGGAAUUAAAGCGUACAGCUGUGAGUUGUGUGGAAAGUCUUUUACCCAGGCUGGAAGCUUAAAAACACACAAACUCAUCCACAGUGGAGUUAAACCGUACACUUGUAAUCAGUGUGGUAAAGCUUUUGCUUGCAGUAGCAACUUACGACGUCAUGAAGUUACCCACUCUGGAAUUAAGGCGUACAGCUGCGACAUUUGUGGAAAGUCUUUUAACAAUCCUGCAAAUUUAAAAAGACACAAAGUUGUCCACAAUGGAGUUAAAGCGUACAGCUGUGACUUGUGUGGAAAGUCUUUUACCCGGGUUGAAAGCUUAAAAACACACCAACUCAUCCAUAGUGGAGUUAAAGCGUACAGCUGUGAUCAGUGUGGUAAAGCUUUUGCUCGCAGUAGCUACUUACGAUGUCAUCAAGUCACCCACUCUGGAAUUAAGGCAUACAGCUGUGACAUUUGUGGAAAGUCUUUUAACCAUCCUGCAAACUUAAUAGCACACCAACUUGUCCACAGUGGAGUUAAAGCGUACAGCUGUAAUCAGUGUGGUAAAGGUUUUGCUCGCAGUAGCAAUUUACGACGUCAUGAAGUUACCCACUCUGGAAUUACGGCGUACAGCUGCGACAUUUGUGGAAAAACCUUCCGCUGGCUAGUCAGCAGAAAUAUCCACCAACGCCUUCACACUGGCAAUGAUGUUUGGUUCUGUGAUCAGUGUGACAAACUGUUUGUGACAUACAAAGGCCUACAGGAGCACAUGUUUACCCACACUGAGGAGAGACCUUACAAAUGUGACCUGUGUGAAAAGGCUUUUAAAACUCCACGUUCCCUGAAAUCACACCAAAAGAUUCACAGCAGAAAGAAACUCUACAAGUGCAGUUACUGUGAGAUGCAUCGGAGAGCAGCUUGGGAUUAGUAU